UUUCCUGUUAUGGAAUGACGUUCCACACGUCAGCGACAGCACACGCUUCAAACUCCAUUUGACCGAGCAGCAGUCCAGCGACAAUCCUCACCAUGUCAACAAAAGAAUCAAAGCCAAAUCUCAGCCAUUCCCAGGUCGCUGAGAUUAUCAAGCGACUCUAUGGCUGGACCGUGUCCGUCAUUCGCCCGCUGCCCAGUUAUGAUGAUCAGAACUUUUACGCGGCCCCCAGUGAGGGUGGAGAAUAUGUGCUGAAGGUUAUGAACUCUGCAGACAGUCACAACAUCACGCUUAUUGAGCUGCAGACUCACGCCAUGAACUUCUUACACCAAAGAGGCCUUCCUGCCCAGACCGCUUUGCCCACUUUGACUGGCAAACUCAUGAGCUUGGAAGAAUUUGAUUGUGGUUUUGGCCCGCAGAAAUAUUUAGUGCGUUUACUUACCUACCUGCCUGGCACUACCGUAGCCAAAAUUACCUGCAGUCCUCAGAUCUUGUAUGAUGUUGGGAAAAUGGCCGCCACAUUGGAUACAGUUUUACUGCAAAUGGAGCAUCCAAACAUCAGUGUCCUUCAGAGAGCAGAUUUUAUAUGGAAUCUCACCAGCGUUCCACUCUUAAACCAGUAUAUUCAUGUGAUGGAUGGGGAUCCCGUACAAAAUGUUGUUAAAGCCGUGAUAAAGCAGUACCAGAUCCAAGUCGUGCCAAAACUACCAUUGUUUCGCAAGUGCAUUAACCAUGGAGACUUUAACGACCACAAUCUCUUGGUGAAACCCGAUGGACCCUCAAAGUACCAGAUCUCUGGGAUUCUUGAUUUUGGAGACAUGAGCUGUGGGUAUUUCAUAUUUGAGCUGGCCAUCACCAUCAUGUACAUGAUGAUUGAGAAUCCCAAUCCGGUAGACGUCGGAGGGCCAGUGGUGGCGGGAUGGGAAAGCGUUUUUCCUCUCAACGAGGCAGAAAGAGACACGCUCUAUUUGUUGGUUCUCUGUCGGUUCUGCCAGUCCCUGGUUUUGGCCCGACACGCUGUGAUCCAGCAGCCAGAGAAUGAGGAGUACUUGAUGAUCACCGCCAGAACAGGAGUGCGCCAUCUCUGCCGUCUUUGGGAGCUGGGUAAAGAGGAAGUGGAAAGAAUAUGGUUCCAGAGUGCUGCACAGUUCAGUCAACCUUGAGUUGAGUGACUGCAUGCUUAAAAAAAUAUAUGCAAUAAACUGGGAUGCAUUGAAGAUAUAGUUCAGCCAAAAAUUUUUAUUUGAACCACAACUUGAAAUAAUGAAAGUCAAUGGGGACUGGGACUGUCAAGCCCCAAAAUGUCCCAAAAAAUUAAAAAAUGAUUCAAGUAUUAUAAAAGUGGUUCAAAAAGUGCACAGUAAGUCAUAUGAUAAUGUCAAAUGCUGUUGCUACACGACUUCUGGCAUCAAUUUUGAAACUUUGGUAGAUGUUAUUGGUGAAUAAUUAAGUUCAAUUAGUUUAAUAAUAAUUGUGUUAAUUUUUGGUUUGUUCCUCACAAAUCUCUUGUAUGGCUUCAGAAGACUCUUGACUAUAGUGCACAUGUAAUAUGGAUCGCUUUUAUGAUAUUUUCAUGGUGCUUUAUAUGGAAAAGAGCAACCAAUACAUAAUAAAAAAAAAUCUCCCAUUUUGUCCCACAGAAGAUAGAAAGUCAUGUUUCUGGAACAAAAAGAGGGUGAGUGAAUAAUAACACAAUAUUAAUUUUGAAGUAAACUAACACUGGUAUGAAUGCAACAUCUACUUUGAUGUCAAAACUAAGUAUUAAUGAGUUAAUGGGCAUGAGAUGCAAUUUGGCUACAGCAAGAAUAUCUCAAGAAUUAAUGUAUGAUUAUACUCGAUGAUCCUUAAUUUUUUUUUAAAGUUGCACAAAAUUAAUUACUAUCACUAAUACCAAGAGUGCCAUCAUUUCUUUAACAAAGCAGCAGAAGGGUUUUUAAUAGUGGAAAGUUCAUUCAGGAGGUCUUAAAUCAUCAUAAUUUUGUCAUCCAUUGAGGAAGUGAUUGUAUUGUUUGUUUAAUGCAUUUUGCAUCUUUAAUCUUAUUUGGUGCUUUUAUUCCAUUCCAUUUAUUCCAAGAGUUAAGAACCCAAAUAAACAUAUUUUCUAUGGAACAGGAAGAUUUUAAACUUGCACAAUUCAUAGAUUAUGUAUUAUGGAUGUACUUUGUCAUAGUGAUGGAAUGUGUUGAAAGGCCCCAUAAACUUUUAUAGGCUGCCAAGUCUGAUUUUACAGCAUAUGUUAUGAAUAAACAAACUGCUGACUGCAGCUUUUUAUCUGGUUUAUCAAAGGUCUUUUUUACUGCACGGAUCAGGUAUUAUUUAAUGGUCAUAGUUUAGUUAAUGCUGAAAAGUAGACCUUACAAGCAAAACAUUAACCACAAAGAGCAACAACAACAAAAUAUUUGGAAUCUGGCUGACUAAUGAAAUUAGAAGACCUAAAGUGUGUUAAUGACCGAUUAAUACAGAAACAUGAUCAUAAAGGCCUUAAAGCCUUCAAAGAUAUUUUAUUUGGUUUUACGGGAUACUAAAAUGUACCACAUUGUAAGUUGCUUUGGAUAAAAAUGUCUGGUGCCAAAUCUAUAUAUAAAAAAAAAAUCAAAUGUCAACCAA